AUGUCGAAACUAGCGGAUCUUCCAGCGGAGAUCUAUGUUCAUAUUUUCCGAUUCAUUGAGGGAAAAGAUGAAUUGAUCAAUAUUCGUGAAGCAGUAUUUGAAAACACUUUGGUCAGACAAUGCCUUGACACCGUUAUCUUUCACGAGGUUUUGGUAAUACCACCGUGUGAAAUGCUCAGCACUGAAAAUCAAGUGAUGCUUAGAAACCCUGGAGGUGGGAGUGUGUAUGUCAGUUUGUCAGGAUUCCAAGUCAUGGAUACUUUUGAAAUGCAGUAUACUGACAUCAAUGAUUUGAAGCCUUACAAGAAAUAUAUUAAGAGUUUCAAAUACCAAGCACGAUUCAAUCUACGAUUCGAUCGGGCAGAAGGGUAUUUUUACGGAGAGCACGAUGUGAUGAGGUUUGUAAAAACUCUUCCAUCAUUGGAAUCAUUGAAUGUGGAUUUUGGCUAUCAUUUGAAUUCGCCGAUCAAGAAAUUAGUUUUGGAAACUUCUGAUCCACAGUUCGGAUUCAACCCGCAAUUCAUCGAGCAUCUCACGUUGAAAACCAAAGACACUGAAUCUGAUGGCACCAUUGAUUUUUCCAAAUUGACUUUACCCAAUCUUAAAACCCUUGAAUUGGAUUGUUUCACGAAUCAUGUGGUUGGUGGCGAUUGGUCAACCUCACCGAAUUUGCAGGAGGUUUCCAUCAAAUGCCGACACAAUAUCCGAUUAGAAAAUUUCCAUUCUAAAAACUUUCCAAGCUUGAAGAAAUUGAAAUUGCACACCGCCUGGGAAACCAUUUGUGUCUUAGGGACCAUUAUGAUUGAAAGUUUGGAAGACAUUGAGGUUUAUGAUGUGAAAAUAGACGAAUGUGGAGUAUUGAGGCAUUGCCGAAACUUAAAACAGAUCAAGAGCAACAAUGUGGAAAUUAAUCUAGAAGAAUUGAGUAGUUUACGAAAAGUAAGGACAUUGAAGUUCUAUGGCAACCACGUUCAUCAUUUGAUGGAAUUGAAAGAUUUUCAGGAACUUGAAGAGGCAGAAAUCCAAAGAGGUCAUAUCUCAGUACUUGUGUAUAAUUCAAAUAGGUUGCCAAAGUUGAAAAAGUUGGAUGUUCUGCAUAAUGAAAUCGAAGCAAUCGGCAAUAUUAAUAAUCUCGAUGGGAUAGAAGAGCUCGAUUUAAAUAGUAACAGAUUAAACUCUAUCAAGGGUCUCGAAGUUUUAGGAAGGAGCUUGAAGAAAUUGAAUUUGUCUUGGAACAAGUUAACCAAGAUUCAAGGUUUCAAUGGGCUUGCCAAUAUUGAAUCAUUGAAUCUUUCUUCAAAUAGAAUCCUGGUUUUAGGGAAAUUGGGCCAUUUGGUUAAUUUAAAAGCUUUAGACGUUACGAAUUGUGAUAUCACGAGAAUCCAGAACCUCGGAAGGUUGAAAUGUUUGAAACAACUUAAGUUAUCAAGAAAUAAAAUCGCAGUAGUGGAAAACUUGGAUGGUCUUGAAAGCUUGCAGAAGCUUAAAUUGGAACUGAACUCAAUUGUGAAAAUCAAGCAGCUUGGGAACUUGCCGUCAUUGGAGGAAAUUAAUUUGUCAGAAAACAAAUUGGAUAUCGUUGAAAAUUUGUAUAAUUUGCCAUCUCUCAGGAUUUUGAAUUUUUCGAGAAACGCAAUCACCAACGCCCACGAACAAGACUUCAGCGGAUUCCAGAAUUUGGAGGUUCUCGAUGUAUCAUUCAACGAGAUCCUGACAAUGCCAGUCUUAGAACAUAUGAGAAACUUACGAGAGGUCAACUUGUCAAAUAACAGCAUUGAGAUGGUUGAGAAUAUUGGAUACUUGCCACAAUUAUCAAAGCUCAGCUUUAGCACAAAUUCUAUUACAGUCUGCAAACCGCUCAUUGGAUUGGAAAAUUUGCAAACAAUUGUGAUGAGGUCCAAUAAGCUAAUGGAUACUAGAUGGGCGUAUAGGUGUAAUAAUUUGAGAAAGUUAAUCCUUGCUGAGAAUCAGCUCGGCACGUUCCCGGAGAUCACUCAUUGGAAAUACCUUGCCCACCUUGAUUUAACAAGAAAUGAGAUUAAAUCGGUUGAAAUCAAUGGUCACUUUGAGAACUUGACGUUCUUGUGCUUAUCAGGAAACAUAAUCUCCACCAUUAAGCUACUGAGAUUUAAUAACUUGCAUAACCUUGAUAUUGGGAACAACAAACUUACAUCGAUGCGUGGUUUGCUUGAAUUGAAGUCACUUAGAACGUUAUCGGUUGAGAGGAACUCGCUCAAGGAAAUUCCAAAACUCACAAGGUUCACAAAAUUGAGUCUGUUGGAUUUUUCAUUUAAUAAGGUGUCCCAAGUGGCGCAGAUCUCCGGGAUGAAGAGCCUUUGGAAAUUAAAGGCCACCAAUUGUGGGCUCACCAAUAUGAAAUUCAUUGGGCUAUUGAAAAGCUUGAAGGUGCUUGACCUCGCUGCUAACCGGUUAGAAAAGAUCGAAGGUAAUAUCAACAAUUUUUCUCGGUUGUUGGAGUUAUUUUUGUCGGAAAAUCAGAUUUCGAAAGUCGAGAAUAUUUGGGGGCUACAUGAGUUGGAUUUGCUUGAUUUAUCGCAUAACAAGCUCAAGGAGAUCCGACACUUGGAUCGUUUACAGACGUUGAAGACGUUAUUCUUGAACCAUAACGAAUUGACUGUGGCUACCGAUCUCGAGGGAUUUUUCUUCUUGAAACAACUUGAUUUGAGUUAUAAUAAGCUCACCAAUACUUCACAGUACGAGGAUUUGGCAAGAUACGUGGACGUUUACAUGAACGCGGACAAUCAAGAGGAAGAAGACGACAAUGGGUACAUGUUUGGAGAUGAUUUGGGUAAUCCUGCUAUGCUUGAUUCCAUAAAUGCGAUUUUUGGCGGAGGUGGCAGCAUUCCCUCAAUGGGAGGCAAUAGUCAAGUAGAUGUCACUGAGAUAAUGCAGGCAUAUAUGAGACAAUUUGGCAGUGGUAAUGGGUGGUAA